AUGUCAAAUGAUUCCGUGGCCGCUGCCCCGGCGGUUGCGAGCCCGACGGCCCCCGGAGAGCGCAAGCCCAUCCACGCCCUCGUCCUCGAUACCGGCCCGUUGAUCAAGAACGACCCUCCCGUCAGCACCCUCCUCGCCCAGGCCGACGAGCUGUACAUGCUCCCCUCCAUCAUCGACGAAAUCCGCGACGUCAACACCCGCACCCGAGUCGAGACCACCCUCAUGCCCUUCGUCAAGAUCCGCAGCCCCCGCCCCGACAGCAUCAAGUUUGUUUCCAACUUUGCCCGCCGCUCCGGCGACCUCGAGGUUCUCAGCAGGCCCGAUUUGCACCUGCUUGCCCUGACCUACGAGCUCGAGCUCGAGAAGAACGGAGGCGACCAGAGACUGAGGAAAGAGCCGGGCCAGCGCGUCGACGACACCAGCACAAAUGCGCCGGCAAGCAGCAGCGAGGCCCCGGAAGCGAAGCCCGAGGCUGGUGCCGAGGUCGAGUCCCAAGAGGGGCCUUCCACCGAAGGCGACGCCGUUGCCGAGCCGGCCCAGCCAUCCGAGGGCAUCUCCCUUGAACAGAGCGCCGAAGCGACGCAGCGCGAAAACCAGCAGAAUGCGACGGCGGAAGCCUCGUCGUCGGAUGCAGCGGAUGCGGAUGUGGAUGUGGAUGCGGCGGCGGCGGCGGCAGAGAUUACACAAGACAUGAGCAAGCUCGAGGUGGACGACAAGACAACGUCCGAGCCCGUCAUCUCCAGUGUCGCCGACGCCAACGAGGCGCAGGGUGAAGGUUCAGACUCGGAGGACGGCUGGAUCACGCCGUCCAACGUCAAGAAGCACAAGGAGAAGGACAGCAAGCUGCUCCAGCCGACGGCCCCCGCCAUCGAUGUCAAGGUCGGCAUCCUCACCUCCGAUUACGCCAUGCAAAACGUCGCCCUGAGGAUCGGCCUCAACCUGUUGUCGCCGUCCAUGGCUCGCAUCACCCAGCUCAAGACCUGGGUGCUGCGAUGCCACGGGUGCUUCCAGGUCUGCAAGAAGAUGGACAGACAGUUCUGCCCUAGCUGCGGGCAGGCCACCCUGACCCGCACAUCGUGCACGACGGAGGAGGAUGGCACCUUCAAGAUCCACCUGAAGCGCAACUUCCAGUGGAACAAGAGAGGCAACGUCUUCAGCAUCCCCAAGCCCGUGGCCGGCACGGCCAGCGGCAAGCUUGCCAAGCACGCCGGAGGUAAGAACAACUGGGGCACGAACCUCAUCUUUGCAGAGGACCAGAAGGAGUACGAGAAGGCCGUGGGCGAAAACCAGCGCGCUCGGCGGAGGGACCUCAUGGACGAGGACUACUUGCCGAGCAUUCUUACCGGUGACCGGCAAAGUGCCAACGGAAAGGUCAGGCUGGGUCCGGGUAGAAAUAUCAACGGACGUAAGAGGAGAUAA